GAAGGUGCUUUGUUCAUUUCGGGCUGGUACAGUCAGACACACGACAGCUGUGGAGCAGUUAAAGAAGCAGUGUUUUCCUAGUGACUGUGGGAGCUAAAAUUUGUUUAGCGCCAUGGGUAGAGUCAGGUGUCAAAGGUCACAUAAAGGUCAGAGAGAACUUCUGGUUUCCUCGAGAAGGACGUCUGUAGCCAUGCUGCAUUUAAGGUUGCGUUAAGGGGAUAGACAGAGGGAAAAGCACAGCAACAAAAACAAACAACAAUAGAGCACAGGCAGGUUGGUUGGACCAGAUACUGGGCACAGGCAGGAUGGUUGAAUCAGGGACUGGACACAGGCAGGAUGGUUGGACCAGAGGCUGGACACAGGAUGGUUGGACCAUUAAGUGACCUAAAGUGACCUAAAACAAAAAAAGGUCAGUUACAUUAUAUCCAAAUUAAAGUGUGUAGGCGCGAGCCUUGCUGCGCUCUUAUCGUGUGUUCUUUUCUGUAUUUUUUCUUACUUUUUACUUACUUACUUUACUUUUUGCGUGUAAUUUUCUUUACUAGUCUUGGUAUUUAAGGUGCACCCUCUCUGAUCAUGUUAUUUGAGAAUUUUUUUGUUCGUUUUUUCGCUUGGAUUUGUACUUUCCCUCAUUCGUAAAGCUGGUGCGCAGGAGUGGACCCGACACCAAGUGAACUUUGCCAUCAGCCUCCACAACUCCUCCUCCCUCUGUAAGGGCUGAUCUUCAUCUGUGCAAUAACAGUCAUGCUGUCUUCAGGUGCCCGGUGGCUCAGCAUGGCCCCUGGUCUUCAAGGGAGCAGACACACCAUGGCAACUGUCAUCUCUGGCAAAAAGGCAUCAAGGCUGGUGAGUGAGAGGCUGAAGGAGGAGGUGGGGAAGAUGAGGAGUCAGUUUUCAGGAUUCCGGCCCAGACUGGUGGUCCUACAGGUGGGAGACAGAGAUGACUCCAACCUUUACAUCAGCACCAAACUGAAAGCUGCAGCUGAGAUCGGAAUCGAGGCAACACAUGUGAGGCUGCCGAGCACAGCGACGCAGGACGAGGUCCUGCAGAGCAUCGUGUCCGUCAACCAGAACCCGUCUGUCCAUGGCCUGAUCGUCCAGCUCCCUCUGGACUCUGUUAGGCCCGUCAGCACCGAGCUCAUCACCGACAGCGUCUGUCCAGAGAAGGAUGUGGACGGCCUGAGUUGUGUUAACGCUGGGAAGUUGUCUCGAGGUAAUUUGUCCGACUGUUUCAUCCCCUGCACACCCAACGGCUGCAUGGAGCUCAUCAGACAGACAGGUGUGUCUGUGUUGGGGAAACACGCUGUGGUGAUUGGUCGCAGUAGAAUCGUGGGCGCUCCCAUGCGCGACCUGUUGCUGUGGAGCCACGCGACCGUGACCAGCUGCCACUCACGGACGGCAGACCUGCCUGCACAGGUGGGCCGGGCUGACAUCCUGGUGGUGGGAGCCGGUAGAGCGGAGAUGGUGAGAGGAGAGUGGCUGAAGGACGGGGCUGUGGUGAUCGACUGUGGGAUCAACCACGUGCCAGACCGGACAACAGCGAGCGGUAAACGGGUUGUUGGUGACGUCCACUACGCCUCAGCCAAUCAGCGAGCAGGAUUCAUCACACCUGUUCCAGGUGGGGUGGGGCCGAUGACGGUGGCCAUGCUCAUGCAGAACACGGUGCACAGUGCUCGGCGUUUCCUCCUCAGCAGCUCACAGAAGUGAGGUCUUCAGUCCCUGAAAAAGCUACAGGAACUGUGCAGUGUGACACCUUCACCUCCAUGGGCCGCUGGUACCUGACGACCCGACGGAGCCGGACUGGUUCUGUUGUUUGCUUACUCCCCAAUCUGUGUCUGUGCUGCUGCAACGUUAAGAAAAUAAAGGUUUCUUUGGCAUCAAAUCAUUCAACUUUGCUUUU